AUGCGCGGUGCAGGGCCGCGGCGGGGCCGGUGUUGACAGUGGCGGCCGACAGGCGAAUGACGUCGCGGCGCGGCUGCGGGCCCUGAGCGGCGGGCCGGGCUUCUCGCUAUCGCUCGGCGGCCCCUCCCGCAGCGCCCAGGUACUUUUUAAGUUUUAUACCUCAUUCAUGAGCUGCCUGUGCUUUGGCAGCCAUGGAUGACAAGGCUUCAGUUGGAAAAGUUAGUGUUUCUUCAGACUCGGUAUCCACUCUAAACAGUGAGGAUUUUGUCCUGGUUUCCCGGCAUGGUGAUGACACUCCUUCUGCCAAUAAUGGUAGUGAUGAUGAGAAAACAGGCCUGAAGAUAGUUGGAAAUGGAAGUGAACAACAACUGCAGAAGGAGCUGGAAGAUGUGUUAAUGGACUCGUCAAUGGAAGGUCAAGCAGGUGCCAGGGAGCCUUCUGAAGCAAUGCCAGCUUCCGCAACGAGUGAGGAGUCACUGACUGAGGAUAUUUCCUUAACCCCAUCACCUGUGUAUUCGGGGUUAAGGGUGGUGGGUCAGAAACCAGAAAUGAACCUGCCGAUCAAAGCCUCACAGGAAGCUGACUCUUCAGACUCGAGUCCCUCUACGCCAAUCCCAGAUGAAGACAGCAUCUUAUUCAGCAAACUCACAUACUUGGGCUGCGCUUCAGUGAAUGCUCCUCGAAGUGAGGUUGAAGCCCUGCGGAUGAUGUCCAUCCUGCGGAGCCAGUGCCAAGUUCCUCUGGAUGUGACCAUCUCAGUACCGAAUGUAUCAGAAGGAAUUGUGAGGUUGCUAGAUCCACAAAUACACACUGAAAUAGCGAACUAUCCAAUCCACAAGAUUCUGUUUUGUGUGCGAGGCCAUGAUGGCACUGCUGAGAGCGAUUGCUUUGCUUUCACCGAAAGUCACUACAAUGCCGAGAUUUUCAGAAUUCACGUCUUUCGAUGUGAAAUACAAGAAGCAGUAAGCCGUAUACUAUACAGCUUUGCCACCGCUUUCCGACGGUCUGCAAAACAUACGCCGCUCUCAGUGAAUCCACCAGCAUUAACCCCAGACAGUGAUAUAUUCAUAUUUACUGUCUCUUUGGAGAUAAAAGAAGAUGAUGGUAAAGGAUACUUCAGUGCAGUCCCCAAAGAUAAAGAUAAGCAGUGCUUCAAACUCCGACAGGGAGUGGAGAAGAAGAUUGUAAUUUAUGUUCAGCAGGUAUCCAACAAGGAGCUUAUCAUUGAAAGGUGUUUCGGCCUUCUUCUCAGUCCUGGCAAAGAUGUCCGCAACAGUGACAUGCAUCUGUUGGAUUUGGAAUCAAUGGGUAAAAGCUCAGAUGGUAAAUCUUACAUAAUCACCGGCAGCUGGAAUCCCAACACGCCGCAUUUCCAAGCUGUCAAUGAAGAAACGCCUAAAGACAGGUUGCUUUUCAUGACAACAGCAGUUGAUUUGGUUGUCACUGAGGUGCAAGAACCAGUCCGGUUCCUUCUAGAGACCAAAGUGAGAGUGUGCCCACCUAGCGAGCGAAUGUUCUGGCUCUUCAGUAAACGAAGUUACACAGAGACAUUUUAUUUGAAACUCAAACAGAUUGAUCAGAAGGAAAGGAAGAGCAAUAGUGAUACACUGUACGAGGUUGCAAGUUUGGAAAGUGAGUCUGAGCGCGAGCGAAGAAAAACAACGGCAAGCCCAACCAUACGCUUGCCCCACUAUGGGUCGCAGGGGUCUAUCAUCCCUUCACCACCCGAGGAUGAUGAAGAGGAAGAUAACGAUGAGCCUCUCCUGAGUGGCUCUGGUGAUGUGUCCAAAGAAUGUGGUGAAAAGAUUUUGGAGACUUGGGGUGAUCUACUGUCAAAAUGGCAUCUAAAUUUGAGUGUAAGACCCAAGCCUCUGCCAGCUUUAGUGAGAAGUGGCGUUCCUGAGGCUCUUCGAGGUGAGGUGUGGCAGCUUCUUGCAGGAUGCCACAACAAUGACCAGAUGGUAGAAGACUACAGACUCCUUAUCACAAAAGAAUCUCCCCAGGAUAGCGCAAUCACCAGGGACAUCAAUCGAACUUUCCCCGCACAUGAUUACUUCAAGGACACAGGAGGAGAUGGUCAGGAUUCCUUGUACAAAAUAUGCAAGGCUUAUUCGGUAUAUGAUGAAGAGAUUGGUUACUGCCAAGGCCAGUCAUUUCUCGCUGCCGUGCUUCUCCUCCAUAUGCCUGAAGAGCAGGCGUUUAGCGUUCUUGUCAAAAUCAUGUUUGAUUAUGGACUCAGGGAACUUUUUAAACAAAAUUUUGAAGACCUGCAUUGCAAAUUCUAUCAGUUGGAAAGACUGAUGCAGGAGUACAUUCCAGAUUUGUACAACCACUUCUUAAAUAUCAGUCUUGAAGCACACAUGUAUGCCUCGCAGUGGUUCCUUACACUCUUCACUGCAAAGUUUCCCCUUUAUAUGGUCUUCCACAUCAUUGAUCUGCUUCUCUGUGAGGGAAUAAGUGUGAUCUUCAACGUCGCUCUUGCUUUAUUGAAGACUUCAAAGGAUGAUCUUCUGUUAACAGACUUUGAAGGGGCCUUAAAAUUUUUCCGUGUACAGCUUCCUAAAAGGUAUCGCUCGGAGGAAAAUGCUAAAAAGCUGAUGGAGCUGGCUUGCAGUAUGAAGAUCAGUCAGAAAAAGCUUAAGAAAUAUGAAAAGGAGUACUUGGUAAUGCGGGAGCAACAGGCGCAACAGGAGGAUCCCGUUGAAAGAUUUGAGCGUGAGAACAGGCGUUUACAGGAGGCAAAUAUGAGGUUGGAACAGGAGAAUGAUGACCUUGCACAUGAGCUGGUCACCAGCAAAAUCGCACUCAGGAAGGAUUUGGACAAUGCUGAGGAGAAAGCUGAUGCACUGAAUAAGGAGCUACUGAUGACCAAACAAAAGUUGGUUGAUGCGGAGGAUGAAAAGAAAAGACUGGAAAAUGAAGCUGCUCAGCUGAAGGAGAUGUGUCGAAGAGAGCUUGACAAAGCAGAAUCAGAAAUAAAGAAGAACAGUUCGAUCAUCAGUGAUUACAAGCAGAUCUGUUCUCAGCUGAGUGAACGGUUGGAGCGACAGCAGCUGGGAAAUAAAGCCGACUUGGAACAAAUUCGGGGAAAAGUUCAAAGUUGUGAUCGCUGCAGAGAACUCUUCAACAAAGAGGGGACUCUCAAAAUUGUCAGUACUUCUAAGGAUAUCUCGGAAGAAUAUCAGGACAAGGAGAAGGAGUUACUGAAGACCCAGCUGCGGGAGAUGGAGCUGGAGCUGGCUCAGACUAAACUGCAGUUGGUAGAGGCCGAAUGCAAAAUACAGGACCUGGAGCACCACUUGGGUUUGGCUUUGAAUGAAGUUCAGGCAGCAAAGAAGACCUGGUUCAACCGAACGCUAAGCUCAAUUAAAACAGCCACUGGCGUCCAGGGCAAAGAGACUUCUUAAGAAAGUCAGCUGGGUGAAGUGGAAACAAGGACAGUUCCAAAUAGUGCUGACAUCUGUUACAGUUUAGGGACCAGAAUGUGUAUCCUUACCUACACAGUCUGUGGAUUAACAUGGUUAAAGGAUUGUUACCCCCAACAAUACCAUAAGAAAUGGCUUUUACCUUUAGAAUGGUCUUUAUACUGCUGAUGUUUAACACACGCGAGACCCUUUUUCCAGUAGUCUUGGCUCUCUUCUGCUGUCCUGAGACAAGAGGCUACUCCCCUCUAAUGUGUCUCUACUUGCACAACUGAGUCACAUUUAUGUACCAGAGAAACAAAAAAAAACUAACAACUUGAAACAAAGUUUUGAUUUUGAAUCUACUGUAUACUGUUUUGAUAUAAAUUUAUUUCAGAUCAGUUUAAAAUCAAAGUGCGCAAAGGAUCGCAGCUUCCCAGAGAAGCUGAAGUUAAUGUAGUUUUUCAACACUCUCUGGGUUUCUAGUGGGGUGUCAGUAAGAUGAAAGCCUUUGCACCUUAAUGUACCUAUUUAUAAUGGUUUAUGUUCUGCUGUUAGACACACCUACUGUACGUGUCUGAGAGGCACUGCAUUGUACAUAACGUAACUUGAGUUUGUUUAUUUUUUAAUUCUGUUCUUUGAUUUCCUAAUGCUGCCUGGUGUAAUAUUUCAGCACAGGAUGUGCCAGUGCUUUGUCUGUAGUGUCAUACCACUGUCUUAUUUGUUUGAUGCCAAAUGUGCUGUAACCUUCUCAACAUUAAGUGUGGACGUUGUAUUAGCAUACAGUAAUUAGGGUGCACUGUGUAUACUUCAUGCAUUGAAAUAUAUCCUGGUUAAAAAAACACUACCGAGUGUGGAUUGCCCUGUUAUCCUUUGUUAAGCUAAGAUUUAGUGUUACCCAAUAUAAGUGGAUUAUAGAGUCAUGGAGCAUUACAGCAUAGAAACAGGCCCUUUGGCCCAUCUAGUCUGUGCUGAACUGUUACUGCCCAUUCCUAUCAAUCUGCACCUGGAUCUUAAUCUUCCAUACCCUAUGUACCAAAUUUCUCGAGUUUUGAAAUCAAACCUGCAUCAACUGCUUCCGCUGGCAGCUCAUUCCACACCUCCACCACCCUCUGAGUCUAUGUUCUGAUGUGCCAGGGUUACAUAACACAAAGUCAGCAUAGUUUCUGUAAAGGGAAAUCUUCCCUGACAAAUCUGUUAGAAUUCUUCAAGGAAGUAACAGGCAGGGUGAACAAAGGAGAGGCAGUGGAUGUCAUUUACUUGGAUUUUCAGAAAGCAUUUGAUAUGGUGCCACACAUGAGGCUGCUUAACAAGAUCAUAUCCUAUGGCUUUACAGGAAAGAUACUGGCAUGAUAGAGGAAUGGCUGACAGGCAGAAAGCAACAAGUGGGAAUGAAAGGGACCUUUUCUGGUUGGCUGCCCGUGACUAGUGGUGUUCCUCAGGGGUCAUUAUUGGGACCAUUACUUUUCACAUUGCUUGUCAGUGAUUUGGAUAAUGGAAUUGACGGCUUUGAGGCAAAGUUUGCAGAUGAUAUGAAGACAGGUGAAAGGGUAGAUGGUGCUGAGGAAGCAAUGCGAUUGCAGCAGGACUUAGACAAAUUGGAAGAAUGGGCAAAAAAGUCUCAGAUGGAAUAGUGUUGGGAAAUGUAUGAUAAUGCAUUUUAGUAAAAGGAACAAUAGUGCAGACGAUUAUCUCAAAUGCGAGAAGAUUCAAACAUUAGAGGUGCAGGGGGACUUGGGAGUCCUCAUGCAAGACUCCCAAAAGGGUAAUUCACAGGUUGAAUCUGUGGUAAAGAAGGCAAAUGCAAUGUUGGCAUUUAUUUCACAGGGAAUAGAAUAUAAAAACAAAGAGAUAAUGCUGUGACUUUAUAAGACACUAAUCAGACCACACUUGGAGUAUUGCUAACAGUUUGGGCCCCAUAUCUCAAAGAAUGUGUUGUUAUUGGAGAAUCUAGAGGAAGUUCAUGAGGAUGAUUCUGGGAAUGAAGGGGUUAAGAUAUGAGGAGUGUUUGACUGCUUUGGGCCUGUACUCACUGGAAUUGAGAAGAAUGCAGGGAAUCUCAUUGAACCCUAUUGAAUGUUGAAAGCACUAGCUACGAUGACUGUGGAGAGGAUGUUUCCAAUGGUGGGGUGACCAGAAUUGGAGGGCACAGCCUCAAAAUUGAGAGGCCAUCUUUUAGAACAGAGGUAAGGAGGAAUUUUUUUAGCUGGAGAGUGUUAAAUCUGUGGAAUGUUCUGCCACAGACUGCUGGAGGCUAAUUAAGUCCAUGUGUAUAUCUAAGGCAGAAGCUGAUAGUUUCCUAAUCAGUCAGGGCAUCAAAGGAAAUGGUGAGAGGGCAGGUGUUUGGGGUGGAGUGGGAUCUGGGAUCAGCCAUGAUGGAAUGGCAGAGCAGACUCGAUGGGCUUGAACGGCCCAAUUCUGCUCCUAUGUCUUGUGGUCUUUUAAAACAUUACAGCUCAGUAUAGGCCCCUCGGACCUCGAUGCUGUGCUGACUAUUUAGCAUCAAUCUAACCUUCCCUCUCACAUAGCCCCCAUUCUUCUGUCAUCCAUGUGCUUAUCUAAGUCUCUUAAAUGCCCCUAGUGUAUCUGCCACUACCACCACCCUUGGCAGUGCGUUUCCACACACCCACCAUUCUCUAUGUUAAAAAAACCUUACCUCUCAGCCCGAAACAUCAGCUGUUUAUUCCUCUCCAUAGACACUACCUGACCUGUGAGUUCCUCCAGCACUUUGUGUGUUCCCAUGGAUUUCUAUAAGAUAUAGCAGCAGAAUUAUGCCAUUUCAUCAUGACUCGUCCAUUUUCCCCCCUCAGCCUUAGUCUCCUGCCUUCUCCCCAUAUCCCUUCAUGCCCAGACCAGUCAAGCAUCCAGCAUCUGCAGAAUCUCGAGUAUAUGAUUUGCCUCUCACGUCCCCACUUUGUCCAAUCUGAAAGGCUGCACAGCAACAAGUUAGGUCAACUGUCCAUGUCAGGUAUGUUAUUUAGCAGUUAUUAUUUCGGUUUGAAGACAGGAGGAAGGAGAGUGUUCUCAGCCAUUGGAAAUCCUACACUUGUGGCAGCGGCGAGAGAGUGUCUUUGCUUUGCCAGCAGGUAAAAGGCUCAUCUGAGAUUGUGAAGGUCAUUGUCAACAUACCGUGGAGCAGGACAAUUGCCCGACUUCCCAUUGACUCAGCAAUCAAUAAUUAGAUUUUAUAGAAUAAUGUCUUCAUUUAUAGUUUGUAUCAUGUCACACUUCGGUAUUGGAAUUGGCUUAUUAUUGUGACAUACACCGAGUUUCAUUGAGGUAGAACAAGGUGAAACAAUAACAAUAAAGUAACAGCUACAAAGUGUAGGUUUACAGAGCGUACGUAUAGAGGUUUACAGACCGUAGGUGUACAGAGAAAGAGGGAUUGAUAGAUUCUUGAUUAAUCAGGGCCUGAGAGGGAAUUGGAUCAGCCAUCUUGAAAUGGCAGAGCAGGCUCGAUGAGCCAAAUGGCCCAAUUCUGCUCCUAUAUCUUACUAUUGUUCUCUGCACCUUGUGGCACAUCAGGUGGCAACUUUGCUGUACGUAUCUUUAGCAUUUGUUUUUUUUAUGAGGACGAGCUGCUAGCUUGACACUCAACCCAGCACAGAUGGAAAGUGUGCAAGGAGCUGAUACCUUCCUGUAUCUUAUGGUGAAGUGCAGUGCAGGUAACCAAUAAGGUGAAAGCUCAUAAUAAGAUAGAUUGUGAGGUCAAGUCUUAUCUGGACAUACUAGGGAACUAUUUAAUAGGCUCUUAACACUGGGGUAGAAGCCUAGUGGGAUGUGCUUUCAGGCUUUUGUAUCUUCACCCUGAUGGGAGACGAGAAUGUCCGGGGUGGGUGGGGUCUUUGAUUAUGCUGGCUGCUUUACUGGAAAUCUGUAUUUUUAAAUAUUUGCUUAUAGGAUAUUGAUUAUUAUUGUCACAUGCACUGAGAUACAGUGAAGAGCUUGUCUUGCAUCCUGUUCAUACAGAUCAGGCCAUUACACAGUGCACCGAGGUAGGACACAGUAAAACAGUAACAACGCAGAAUAAAGUCUAGCAGCUACACCGCAGGUAAGCAUUGAAGUGCAAGACCAUAAUGAGGUAGAUAUUUUGUAUUGUUCCAAGCAGAGAUGUGUACAUGAACGUCCACGUCAUUAGCAUACAUUAUAAUAAAACCUGCCCAUCCUGAGCAAAGCUUACUUACCAUCAGUGUCUACCCUUGUGUGGUGGUAACUCUGCUUUCUGUUCUAGGAACAGGAGCUGUGUGCUUGUCUGAGGGAAGUAAACACUGGCCAAGAGUUUGCUGCAUCUCAGAUACUUUUCUCUGAUUGUCUUACCUCUAUGUCUAUUUGUCAUGUGUACAUUAAACAUACAGUGAAAACUUGUUUGCAUCAAUGACCAGUAAACUCUGAGGGUUUACUGGGGAUAGCCUACAAGUGUCACCACACUUCUGGUAUCAGAAUAGCAUGCUCACAACUUACUAACCCUAAUUUAGCAUGUGACCUGGACAAUGUACAAACUUCUGACAGACAGCAGUGAGAAUUGAACUCCAUACUGGUUAGGCUUAGUAAGUUGCAGGCAUGCUAUCUUAACACUGGAAGCAUGACAACACUUGGCGGCAACCCCCAGUACAUCUUUGGACCGUGUUGGUCACUAACACAAGUGAUAUAUUUCACUGUAUGUUGCGAUGUGACAAAUAAAGCUUUUUAAAAUUUGUUCAAAUAUGAAAGGAUUGAUUAAAUGUGUGUCAGUGCGUGAAUUUUCUCAAUGGUAGAAAGGGCACACCUCCCCUCGUGCCCUGAGGCAUUUGAGAGGUCUCAGCCGGCAUUAGUAUUGCUGUUACCAAAAAAAUUCAACCGGAGAUCAGAUAUGACGUUAUACUUGGAUCGCAGCUCAUUGCUAUUAGCCACAGCAUGUCAAAAAGAUAAAUUAUUUUGCUUGUCCUAACUACUUUGUUAAAUAAAGAUUUGCCACAUGU